AUGAAGCGAAUUAUUACGCACUUUUUAGGUGAUGUCUCAUUUGAAACGAGUUCCCUCCAGCAGAUUGCAGAUGCUCUGGACCAGGGCCGAGGACAGGAGCAAUCAGAUCAUGAUUCAAACGAUAAUGUUCUGGGAAAUCAUUACUCUGUUGAUCUGCUUUCCACCAGCAUCAUGCAUUAUUCGGGAGAGUUGUCACAUUGGAACUUCUCCAAAAUGCUUGAGCGACGGCUACGAACGCUUGGGGACCAGACACGACAAGACGGGAGCUCUGCCCACACAACGGGGUUUUUUCGAGCUACCGACCUGCAUUCGGCUUGCUCUAGCGUCGCACUCGCCAAGUCCUAUCUUCCCCCGAAACCUAUUGCGGAAUUCCUAGCAAAUGCCUUUAUGAAAUACAGUCAAACGAACUACUUCUACUUCGACGAAGCGACUUUCCGUGAAAAAUUGGACUUCUACUACAGCACUACAGAUCCACCUUCGAUCAAUGAUGCUGGUUGGAUAUGUACUCUUCUCAUGAUUUUCGCCAUUGGCACGCAGUUUGCCCACAUGCAGUCAAACUCAACGCCUGGUGGCGUCACCUCUGCUAUUGAGAGUACUCCUGAUGACCAAAUCGGACUGGAGCUUUAUCGGUUUGCGUGUCGACUCAUCCCGGAUCUCAUUACGGUGGCCAGUGUGGAGACUGUCCAGGCGUUCUUGCUUAUGGGAGUGUAUACCUUGCCGAUCGACACAGCAGGCUUGGCAUAUGUAUACUUUGGGCUAGCAAUCAAGAUGGCAAUUCAAAAUGGCAUGCAUCGCAAGCUACCCGAAGGCAAUCUGGCCCCAGAGAUUGCUGAGGUGCGAAAUCGCCUUUGGUGGUCUGCAUACUCUCUGGAACGCCGAAUCGGCAUUCUACACGGUCGCCCUAUGUCUAUAUCUCCUACUGAGAUUGAUGCCCCAAUGCCUUUCGACCUGCCCGCUCUGCGGCCGAAAGACAAAAUGACAAAUCUCCCGAACUUCAUCGCUGCAAUUGUCUUGACAGACCACUUAGCGAAAGCUGCCGAAGCGAUGAGUUCUCUUCGAACUUGUCCAAAAGCCAGAAAAAAGCAUUUCCUGCGACACCUUGCUGCCACGCGCGAUCGACUCAGCUCAUGGUGGGAUAGCCUUGCUACCGAGAUCUACUGCCGAGAUCUCGCCGCUACUGGGCCACUCUUCCGCUGCAAUGUUCAUCUUGAAAUCUAUUAUAACACGACCUUGAUAUACAUGGGCCGCCCCUUCAUUAUAUCGCAAGUAUCCUCUGGAUUACUUGACUCGGCAGAUGGCGCUACCCCUCACGAAGUCCCUGAUAUUGUCAAUAUUCUUCGCCGCGACUCACUUCAUGCGGCACUCAGGGUUGUUGAAAUUUGUCAGCUGUUGCAAGACACUGUUGGCCUAGCGCGUGUCUCGUACACUGAGUUCAACGGAUGUCGUGUUGCCUUGUUGGCGCUGAUUGCCCACAGCGUCAACGGGCCUUCGAGCAGCAUAUCCAAAACUUUAAAUCAGGGCAUGGCGCUUAUCCGCCAGAUUUGCACAGGGCUAGAAUCCGCGCAAUCUGAAAUCGCUGUCAUCGAAGCGCUCGAGCAAGCCAGGCAACGGCUGCACAAUCAUUCAGUGGCAGAGCAGAGUGGGUCAACAGAGUCUGCAACAGGGUAUAACCAGUUCAGAGAAUGGACAAAGCUCUGGCGAGGUGAUCCAUUGGAGGGAGGUGGUGCUGAUGCUUUGAAUGGACUGGACAUGUCGUUCGAACAGCGCUCUCCAAACACGGUCCCUUCCUUUGAUGGAUUUUUCUCAUCUUUCCCUAAUGAGCUCAGUGAAUUCACUGCCAUUCCGGGAUUAGAUUUCAGUAUGUCACUGGGCCAGGAGUGGCUGCACGAGCCGCAACCUGAAGACUCAGAAUGGCUGAUGAACCCACCACUCUGA